CGCUUCAAUUGACACGGAUCGAGAACAGUCGGUGACUGCAUCAUCAUUCAUCAUUCAUCAUUUUUUCUCAACCUUCUUUCUUCCCUCAAAAAUAGCUACUUUUAUUAAUCUUCCACAUCACUUUUACCCUAUUCUGGAUCUGGGCUUCUUAAAAAUCCAAUCUUUUCAAUUUCUUUCCCCCCUAAUAAACAAUAACCUGCACGGAAUUCUCUACAAAAAGGGGGAAGAAAGGUAUUGAAAGGGAAGGGAAGAAUGCAUGUCAUUAGAGACAAGGUUUACGAUAAAUUAUCGAGUUUCUUUUCCGAUUCGCAGACAUCCAAUGAGGUGGUAGAUCAAGAAUCUGAGGCCAGGUUGCAUCCUAAGAAUGGAAAGUCGCCGUCUUCUAUGCUUUCCUUUCUCCCCUCAGCCAGUUUCAGCUGGAACCGACCAAAUGAGCAAGCUAACGGAGUUACGUCUACUGGUUCACAGUCGUUUCAAUGGAGAAGUAAAAGUUUUUCAUUGAAAGAUAAACCCUUGGACAGGACAGAAAGCUAUGAUGAUUUUCAAAAAGAAAAUAGUGGACAUGGCUCGGUGACGAGCCAGAAUCCUGAUUCAUUUGGCAGCCAAUUAGAAAAUUCAGUACCUGAUGCUGAGAGAAGCACUAGUAGUGGCUCUAGCUCCGAUACAUUUGAAGAUGUCUUUACGCCACAUAGUCUUGAGAAGUCCUUGCCCAGCUUUGUCGAUGAAUCUGUGUUCAUCUCUCCAGAUUUAUAUGAGUUCCUCGAGGCAUCACUCCCUAACAUAGUGAAAGGUUGCCAAUGGGCUCUACUGUACAGUACGGCAAGACAUGGCAUAUCACUAAACACACUUAUCCGAAAGAGUGCUGAUCUGAACGGUCCAAGUUUAUUGAUCACCGGAGACAAGAAGGGUGCUGUAUUUGGUGGCUUAUUUGAUUGCCCUUUAAAGGCUACUUCAAAAAGGAAAUAUCAAGGAACAAAUCAAAGUUUUGUUUUCACGACAAUAUAUGGUGAAUCAAGGCUAUUCAGAGCAACUGGUGUGAAUAGAUACUUCUAUUUGUGCUUGAAUGAUUUGAUUGCUUUUGGAGGAGGUGCCAGCUUUGCUCUGCGCUUGAACGAAGAUCUAUUAUCUGGAACCAGUGGACCUUGUGAAACAUUUGGGAACUCAUGUUUAGCUCAUGAUCAAGAGUUUGUAUUGAAGGAUGUAGAGCUGUGGGGUUUUACACAUGCGUCUCAAUACCUUACAUGAAAGCAAAGCAAAAGACCACAGUUUGUUGUUGUGUUGCAACUUUAUACUAUGGAAGACCAAUUCUUUCAUUUUAAUUUAUUUAUUUUUUCUCCAAACAUGUACAAGCAGGGCAUUACAUGUGUCGCCCCAUUGGUUGGUAGAAAUUAAACUCGAUAUUUAUCUAUCUUGUGUUGUAAUGAGCAACAAUUCCUUACUAGUUUCAAGGUCUUAUAAUAUCCAAAUUUAUAUA